AAAUAAACUUUCGUCCUCAGCCAGUAGCUUCGCGUCUCAAUUCCCAAUUUAUAUUCAAUAUUAUUUAUUUAUACUCUUCAAGGUUCAAAAUAUAUUCAAAAUCGACGAUUAGCUAAAGACAAAGAAUGCCGAUGUAUACCAAAGCCGUAUUAAAAUAAUAAUUACAACAAAAGAACUUAAUCAUGAAUGAACCUGGUGUAAUAAAAAAAUUGGAUGAGAAUGUAGUUAACCGAAUAGCAGCUGGUGAGAUAGUUCAGAGACCGGCUAAUGCUUUAAAAGAAUUAAUCGAAAACAGCUUGGACGCCCAUGCAACAAAUAUAAUUAUUACUGUCAAAGCAGGAGGCUUAAAAUAUCUACAGAUACAAGAUAAUGGAACGGGUAUUAGAAGUGAUAGUCUGGACAUUGUGUGCGAAAGGUUUACCACUUCAAAGUUGCGGGAAUAUGAGGAUUUGCAGGCUAUUAACACAUAUGGGUUCAGGGGUGAAGCCCUAGCCAGUAUAAGUCAUAUAGCUCAUUUGACAAUCUUGACUAAAACACAACAAGAUAAAUGUGCUUAUAAAGCUUCCUAUGAAAAUGGAAAACUUAAAGGUCCAGUAAAAGCAUGCGCUGGUAAUAAUGGCACUCAAAUAACUGUUGAAGAUUUAUUCUUCAAUGUCAUAGCUCGUAAGAAGGCCCUCCGUAGCCCCAACGAAGAAUACACCCAUAUAAUGGAAGUGGUUGGAGGGUAUGCAAUACAUAAUAGUCAUGUGGGAUUUCAUCUAAAGAAAUUUGGAGAAAAUACAGAUAUAAAAACACCCAUUAAAUCAUCUGUAGUGGAGAAUGUCAGAAUUAUACAUGGUAACUCAAUAGCUCGGGAGCUGCUUGAGAUAGAACUGAAGGAUCCAACAUUAAAGCUGUCUCUUCAUGGUUAUGUGACUAAUGUGAACUACUCACAUAAGAAAGGGACCAUGCUUUUAUUCAUUAACCAUAGACUAGUUGAUUCCUUAUCCAUCCGUAAAGCAGUUGAUUCUGUGUAUGCGACGUAUUUGCCGAAAAACGCACAUUCGUUCGUCUACCUCAGCAUUGAAUUGGAUCCUAAAAACGUCGAUGUUAAUGUUCAUCCAACGAAACACGAAGUGCAAUUCUUAUACGAGGAGCAAAUAAUAGAUAGAAUAAAAACUGUCAUAGAAAAUAAACUGCUCAGCUGUAACUCGUCCAGGGUUAUGUAUACUCAGGCCAGACUACCAGGAGCGACAAUGGUUGAAGAAAUAGUUAAGAAAACAACAGAUGGUGCAAAAAUCUACGCCAAAGAUUUAGUACGUGUCGAUUCCGAUACGCAAAAAAUCGACAAAUUCUUCCGAACAGUAACGAAACCGGAAACUACAAUAGAACAAGCCGUAAGCACAGAUAAAGAAACAAUAAAAGUCGACCAAGAUAUACAAGACACAGUUUUGGAAGAUCCAAUUGAUGUUCUAGAUAAUUCCUUAUUCUUAGAACCUAAUGAGAGCAAAAGUAAAACAGAGGGAAAUACAAAAACAGCCGUCGUAGACAGUAAUAUUACAUACAUAGAUCCAAAAGAAUCAUUCAAAACAAGAACAUUCCAGUAUGAGAGAGUCGAAACUAAAUUAACAAGUGUAAAGCAGUUGCGGAUGGACGUGGAAAAUAAUUGUAAUAUGAAUUUAAGGGAAAUACUGGCUAAUUUAAUAUUCAUAGCGUGCAUUGAUAGUCGCAGGUCGCUUAUACAACAUUCUACUAAAUUGUACUUAUGUGACACUACUCGGUUAACUGAGGAACUGUUCUAUGAGACGAUAUUAUACGAUUUUCAAAAUUUGGGAUUAAUAAAGUUAUCAGAUCCCCUGCCAUUAGAAGAAUUGUUUAUGUUAGGACUUAGUUCACAAGAAUCUCAGUGGGACCCAGAAUUAGGUGAUAAACGAGACAUGGCCAAGCAGAUGGUGGAGUUACUUGUGAGCAAGUGUUCAAUGCUCUUUGAAUACUUCUCACUACAAAUAAACCACCAAGGGGAAUUACUGGCCUUACCUUUACUUCUUGAUGGUCACACUCCUUUCAUGGGGGCGUUACCCACUUACCUCGUCCGGCUCGUCACGGAAGUGAACUGGAAAUCCGAAAAGGAAUGUUUCGAUACAUUCAGCCGACAAACCGCCAUAUUUUACUCUCAACCGAACCCCGAUACAACUGAAGAGGUAUUAAAAGCGGAAAUGUGGAAACAGGAACAUAUUCUAUUCCCCGCUAUAAGAAGAAAUUUUUUGCCUCCAACAAGUUUUAUUGGCAAUGGAGCUAUAUUACAAAUUGCAAGCUUAUGUGAUCUUUACAAAGUGUUUGAACGAUGUUAGUGUUAU